ACCUCAGCGUGAGAUGGUCACUAGUGCUGUAGUGAGCGGUGGUGACGGUGUGUGGACCAACUGACCACUCGCACACACUCACUCAUUCGUGCUACUUGUCCCCUCAUUCACGUCACCUGCCCGUCCGUGUGUCUUGAAUAAGCCUCAUCGAUUCAGGCCUACGUAGAUUACUGCAGUGUUUCUCCCUAACCUACCCUCCUUGCCUUCUCCUAGUCCUGCCUCGCCCUACACGUGGUUUCUCUACUCCUCCAGGUCCUUAUCGUUAUCGAGGUUUAUCUCGCCUCCUUCACCUUGGUCUCGCCUCUCAACACUUGCGCUUUCUGUUCAUCACACGACAAGCAAUACUGAUAUUCACUUGUUGAGUUACAGCAGGGGUGGAGUAUAACUUAACCUGUGUGUGCGUGUGUGGGUCUCCUCCUGCCGCCUCUGCCUCGCCCUCUGCUAACCCCUGUGAUCUCGAGUGGGUGUUCUGCAGGCGGGUUUCUGUCUCCCUUGUUCUUCCUCUCUGUGACCUUCGACCACCGCCUUCCCAUCACCACAGCCUCCCGGGGAACGCCUCUCUCUCUCUCUCUCUCUCUCUCUCUCUCUCUCUCUCUCUCUCUCUCUCUCUCUCUCUCUCUCUCUCUCUGGAGCGCGCACUUCCUAAACUCAGGCACCCUCUUCUCAUCACCAUCCUCGCUACGUAUUUCCGGGUUGCCAUUUCCGACCCGCUAACGGAGGGGCCCCUCAGGCCUCGCCACCACCAGCACCACCACCACCACCGCCGCUGCUGCACAUCCUGAACGCUAAUAAGUACACUGACUGACUGACUCACUCACUCAGUGAGUCACUCCCUCACUCACGAUGGCUCCUUGACGCCUGACGAUUAACACACACACACACACACACACACACACACACACACACACACUAACCUCUUCAAUUUCAACCACUCCAAAUCUUUCCCUCCCAGCCUACCUCUCUCCAUCAUUUUCAUUCCUCCUCACCGCUCCUUCCCUCUCCCCAAUCCUAUUUCUCUUCCCGGUCCUCCCGCCCCCUGGGGAGGGGCGCAGGGGCAUGGCCAUCACCCCUAGGCCAUCUUUAGGCUCCCCUGAUUACUCUCAGCACAUCCAAACAUCGCAAAGUGACAGCAACUGGCCGCCUGGAAAGCAUUGACACACAACAAUUCCAGGUGAGGCAACUGUGUCACCUGUCCCAGCUUCCCUCACGUGCAAGUCACUAGUAUCCCUCUCGUACUAGUAAUUCUAUGGGUACUAGGUGCGCCGCGGCCAGGUGGACAGCACGGGGCAGAGCUGCUGGUGACUGGUGGCUCGUGGCUCGUGGUGGGGUAUCUGUAUUCAUCUCGUCGCUUGUUACAGACACACACACCUGGAGGAUGCUGGUACCUUGCCCACACCUGCCUCUGCUUGUCCCCACGUUCCUCCUCCUGGUUUUCGUCACACAGGCUGCAGGGUGGCGGGGCGUGGUGGGCCGCGUGGAGGUGAGGACAGAGAUCAGCCAGCGUUACUCUGCCACACUCUACCGCGUCACCCUGCACAACCCGCACCCUAAGCCAGAUCACGUCACCCUGGCCAUGGUCCUCCCUGCUGAUGCCUACGUAUCCUCACUCACCAUUGAAGCGGGAGGCCGGAACAUCACAACUAAGGUGGAGGAGAAGAGGAGAACAAAGGGACCAAAGACUUCAGGAGACACCAGAACGACAUCAGGAUCCAGCAGGUACCUCCCGCAAGAGACGCAGCGGUUCAAGGCCAGCAUGAAGGUGGCGCCCCUGGAGCAGGCCACCUUCCACGUCGCCUAUGAGGAGCUGCUGCAGAGGGCGCGAGGCAAAUACACCUUCUCUGUCCACUUACCCCCAUAUUCUGGCACGGGGACGCAACAAGUGGAGGUGAGAGUCAAGGAGAAGGAGGCAAUUCAGAACUUUCUAAUACUUCUGGAACCUAAUCCUUCUGCAGCUACACAAGAGAGAGUAUCUGACAACGAAAUAAUUCUUACAUACCAACGAGGCGGAGAAAAAGAAAGAGAAGAAGAAAAAGAAACAGACGAAGAAGGAAGAGGGGGAGAACAAGACACUACAGACGAAGAAGAAAGACAUCACCUUAGAAACACCACCACAAGCAACACACGUAACACCAGCAGGGGCGUGGAAGUAGCGACCAUCGACAGUAGUAGUAACAGAAGUGGUAGAAGCGUCAGGAAUGUACAGAAGAGUCGAGAGAGUAACGCAACGGGGGGAAAGGAAGUACUGAGGCUGAGUUACGACGUGCAGAGGACCGUGGAUGGCGGUGAGGUUCAGGUUCUGGGGAGGUUCUUCGUGCACUACCUAAGCCCAGAGGGACUCCCCAAGCUGCCGGCACACACAGUCUUCGCCCUCGACGUCUCAGGCUCCAUGAGUGACCACGGGAAGCUGGACCAACUCAAAGAAGCCAUCAUCGCCAUCAUCAGACGAAUGCCGCAGGAAGAUUCGUUUGAGGUGUUGGUGUUCUCUACCCGCGUGAAGUCCCUCGGGGUGUACCAAGCGCUGCCCGACCAGGUGGAGCAGGGCGUGGCCAAGAUACAGGCGCUGCGGGCUCUGGGCGGCACCAACAUUAACGAUGCCCUGCUGCAGGCGGUGACGGGCGCCAACACUCACAACUCCACCCACGCCCCGGCCCGACAGGUUGUGUUUCUGACGGACGGGAAGCCAAACAUUGGGGAGACGAAUCCUGAGCAGCUGAGGAGGAACGUGAGGGAAGCAAACCACCACCAGCUGCCCGUUUUCUCCCUUGCUCUGGGCCAGGACGCCGACGUGAGGCUGUUGCGUCAGGUGAGUGCGGACAACGAAGGAUUCACGAGGACACUGAACGAGGAGGGACAGGCCAGGGGAGGAGAUGAAGGAGUUUUACAAUGAGAUCGCCACUCCUCUCCUCACUGACCUGGAUGUGAUGUACCGCGAUGAUGUGGUGGACAGAAACUCAAUCAUCAGACACGGGCCUUCUAACUUCUACUCUGGCAGCGAGGUGGUGUUCGCGGGGCAGCUGCGGGAGGGCGUGAAGGAGGUACAUCCCGUGGUGGCCGGUAGGGGGAAGCAAGGACCUCUACAGUUGCGCGUCUCAAGAACCUACAAGUCUGACCAGGAGCUGCCCAGGGACAACCACG